UCUCAAAACAAACUUCGUAGUAUUACAAGAGUUCUAGAUCUUUCAAGUUUUGCAGUUUAGAAAAUGAAAUUAAACGCUUUCGAAGCUUUUCUUCUCGUUGUGGGGGUGGCAGUGUUGGGAGGAGAUUUUGCACAAUGUGCGAAAAAUAAAUUUAGGCUGUACGACUCACCCACUUUUGUUGGUGGAGUGCAGCCACGCUAUCUCGAAGAACCUAACCUGAUACCUGAAUGUGCCGUCAACAAGGAGCCAAAAACUGGCGUCCCUGCAGAAUUUGAUGCUAGGGAAUUCUGGAAACAAUGUCCUUCUCUGUGGGAAAUUCGCGACCAAGGACAUUGUCUCAGCUGUUGGGCCGUCGCCAUCGCCUCGACCCUCACUGACCGACACUGCAUCGCUUCCAAUGGAACGAGCAACUUCCGCUUCUCUGACCAAGAUUUACUCGCUUGCAGUCGCCAUUACACGGGUUGGACUUCGAAGAUCUGCACUGGACGAGGACAGCGUCGCCUCUGCGCCCCACGUCCACUCUCCGGGUGUGAAGGGGGUAGUAUGGGAUUGGCCUGGAAAUACUUGACCAAUUCCAGCAACGGUAUCGUCUCCGGGGGUCACUAUAAGUCAGACGAUGGCUGCCUUUCUUAUGAGUACCCACCAUGUGAUCAUACUAAGAAAUCGUGCUACAAAGUAAAUGAAGGUGUACGUCAACCCGAGUGCAGUAAAGGCUGUCUAGCCACGUACAACCACACCUACCUCCUCGAUAAGCGCCGAAUCACUUCCGCCUGCCAAUUUAAUUAUCCUUACAAUACAAACGUUACCGUUUUUAACGAGUUUGUGAAAAACGUCCAAUUGGAGAUUAUGCAGAAUGGACCGAUCAUAGGGGUGUUGCGACUUUAUCCCAGUUUCGAUAAGUUCAAUCCGCGCGAUGAGAAUGAAAUUUACAAACCCUCCGGUGACGAGCGAUACAACAGUCUCCACGCGGUCAAAAUUAUUGGUUGGGGGAUAGGAAAUCAAAACGGGACUGAACUUCCGUACUGGUUGGUGUCCAACUCGUUCAACUACUACUGGGGAAAUCGAGGCUUCUUUAAAAUAUUCAGGGGGAAAGAUGUCCACGAAUCAGCAGGAAUUAAUGAACAGCUCUCAGCCGGAAUGCCACUAAUUGUGUAGUAAUUUUCCUACAUUAUGCAAUGUCAUAAUUUGUUUACUUUGUUCUGUUCGGAAACAUCUAAAUUAAUGUGAAAGACAUAAGUUUUAAGAAAGAGAAAAUUGUGUCAUAGACGAACAUGUGAAUAUUUCGGUGUCUGACAAAAACUAAAUUAUAUAUUUAUCACCUUGUCAUCUAAUUAAAUCAAAUAUAUAGAACAAGUUAUUUGCAAUAUGUAAAUAGUAAGCAGUGAUUGUGUAAAAUUUUGGGACGAUUAAAGUCAUGCUUCCUAAACCA